UAUAUGUAACUCAGAAGACACUGACAGCCUUGCCGAACGUCGCGCUAAUUCAAGUUUUGUUUCGCCGCCCCAAAACUAGCUCCCUGACUAUGGACCAGGCACCAGGCCCGCUGGGCCAUUUGCAAAGAUCCUUUGAGCAUGUGGGGCGAGGACUAGCAAGCCAGUUAGAGCAAGUAGAGCAGGCGUUCGUGCCCAUGCGGGAGGGCGUCACCCGUUGGUUGGAGCGCACGCCGCUGGCACAGAUCAUUCGUAAUGCACAAGAGGGCGUGGCGACUCAGCAGCGGCAGCGGGAUCAGGGACCGUGGGCCCCUAUGCUCGCGUCCAUUGCCAUGAGCGGGGCCGGACCACGCCCCCAGCCAGUCAUGGACCUGGCGAUGGCGAAGGAUGAGGUGAAGGCGCGCCUGGCGCCGGUUCCCGUUUACACCGUUGCCAACCCGAAGAACGAGUUCGUGCUGGUGGCGGGCGAGAACAACACGCAGCUGGGUUUCUUCUUCUUCCGGAAAGAGGACGCGGAGGCGUUGAUAGAGAAGAUCCGGGAGGAGAACCCGCGCCUGGCCCGUGACUCCAAGAUCCUGCGUGUGCCCAUGGACAACGUGUACGAGGUGUUCACCACGCCGCGCGAGCAGACCGGGCUGCAGGGCAUCCACUUCCGCUUCAUGCCGGACAUGAAGCAGGUGGCGCACGCGCUGCAGCUGUACAAGGACGCGGGGGUGCCCACGCGGCAGUUCAUCGGCGUGCCGGUGUUCCAGGCGGAGGGGCUCACAGUCACCACACGCGACAUGCAAUACCAAUACGUGCCGCUGUUCCUGUGCAAGGAGGACCUGGACAUCGCCGUGCAGUCCGCCUACGUGCAGCGCAACGCGGCCCAGAUCAAGCUGUACAAGGACAAGGCCGACAAGUACCAGGCAGACUACGACCAGAUCGCCUCCCAGCUGGAGGCCGCCGCCAACGGUCGCGAGCGCGGCGGGCUGGAGAGCCGGCUGGCCAAGGCGCGCGUCAAGCUGGAGGCGGCGCGGGACAAGGUGGAGAGCGUGGAGCGGGCGCCGCUGCCCAAGGUCGAGGUGGGUUCGUUCGAGGAGGUGGUGAUGCGCAUGACGGCCUCGGCAGGCAACGAGCUGGCGGCGUGGAGCCAGGUCAUGUUCGUGGCGCCAGAGCUGCUGCGGGACUCGGCCGGAGCCGGAGGCAAGAAGUAGGGUGGUGGAGAUGCCGGCGGUACGAAGUAGGGAAGAUGUGGGGGAGGAGGCGGAGGAGGCGGUGGUGAAGGAGGGGGGGGCGGUGAGGAGGGCGCGGUGGCGUGCCGAGGUGGUAGGGGCGCAGGGGUUUUGACAGCGCUGGGGGCAGCGGUAACGGCGGUAACAGCAGGGUUGCAGGGCGGCGGCGGCGGCGACCGCGGUGACUGCGCACAUCCAGGGGUUGUGUGGGACCAUGAAGAGUUGGAACAAGCGGCGGCGGAUAAGUAGAUUGUCAUUGAUAUGACCGAGGAGGGUAGGCGUCCAUUCAAGGGCAGGCGCGCAGUACUGCAGUGUAUGCUACAGGCGAGGUGCGGUCUGGGCUCACACUGAUACGCUGGGCGAUAAUAUGGGCCGGGUGUUAGAAGCGUGGUUGAUGUACAUUUGCCGACACGUUUGCAGUUCCCAUUGAUGGGGGUCGAGGAAUGCAAUGGGCGCGUCAAGGUGGAGGCGGCGGGCUGCACAUGGUUGCACACCGCUGGGCGGCCGCCGCCGGAGCAGCACACUCUCAAAUUCUGUAAGGGUGCUGUGGC